UUGCAAUGUGAUAAAAGGUUUUAUGGUUGACAACGUCUCGGUAUGCUUCACUCAUAGAAAUGUAUGGAAAAUGUGAUAGGAUGACCUUUGCUUGGAGAAUAUUUAAUAGGUUGGAGAGGGAUGUCAUCUCAUGGAACAAUUUGAUAUUGUCUCAUAUUCAUGUCAAGCAUCAUGAAGGGCCAUAGAUUUAUUUAAUAAAAUGAUUAUGGAAGACCAGAAGCCUAAUACAGCAACAUUUAUUUCAGUGCUUUCAGCUUGUUCUCACCUUGCAUCUCUAGAGGAAGGAGAAAGAGUCCACCACUACAUUAAUGAAAUAGGCUUUAAGCUCAAUUUACCCCUCAGCACAGCUUUGGUUGAUAUGUAUGCUAAGUGUGGGCAGCUAGAAAAAUCACGAAAGGUAUUUGACUCCAUGUUAGAGAAGGAUGUUAUUUGCUGGAAUGCGAUGAUUUCAGGCUAUGGAAUAAAUGGAUAUGCAAAAUCUGCUGUGGAGAUAUUCCAACAUAUGGAGGAAUCAAAUGUUAAGCCAAAUGGAAUUACUUUCCUCUCUCUUCUCUCAGCAUGUGCCCAUGCAGGGCUUGUUGAAGAAGGGAAAUACUUGUUUACUAAAAUGCAGAACUAUUCUGUGAAACCCAAUUUAAAGCACUACACUUGUAUGGUAGAUCUUUUAGGAAGAUCAGGUAAUCUAGAAGAAGCAGAAGCUCUGGUCCUAUCCAUGCCCAUUUCUCCUGAUGGCGGCGUGUGGGGAGCUUUGCUAGGUGCGUGUAAAACUUACAAUCAAGUUGAGAUGGGAAUAAGAAUUGCCAUGUGUGCUAUUGACUCUGAACCAGAAAAUGAUGGGUAUUACAUAAUGAUGGCCAAUAUGUAUAGCUCUAUUGGGAGGUGGGAAGAAGCAGAAAAUGUGAGAAGGACUAUGAAGGAGAGGUGUUCAUUGGGAAAGAAAGUUGGUUGGAGUGUGCUUUGAACUAAGGCUUCCCUUCUGUCAAGCCUAAAAUUUGGAAAGGUCAAAGGCAAUGUGAAUUUUAUCCAGGUGUCAAUUUGCUUAAUGUUUUCAAAUUUGCUCCUUUCACAAGCCACUGAUAUGCUUGUUAUUGAGCGUUUGGGCUUAGGAAGUGGACAUGAUACUGUAAAAACUGUUUGCAUUAUAGCUUCCAUGAGCACUCGCUUCCACUAUCUUGGUUGCUCAAAUCAAGCACAUAUAAAUGCAUGUUUGGAAAUUCUUCUACAAUUGAUUGUGAAGGCAAAAUCAAUUAUGGGGAGACGCUUAUGUGAGUAGCUUGUAGAUGCCUGAAUUGAUUAUGAGGAAAUAGAAGCUGAUCAGUUAGCGACCAACUGGUUUUUGAAUAUCACACAGGAGUUUGAACUUUGCAUAAAGCGAUAGGGAAGUGUGUAUUUUCUUCAUCAAGAUUCUUGCAGCUAACUGGCAGCAGAAGAUUGAGUUUAUGAUUGUUAUGGAAAUUUUGCAGGUUGAUACUUGAUAGUGUAUAUACCACUAUCACUGGUGUUAUUGGAUUAGCUGAAAGAGCAAGUGGGAUAAUUUAUGGAAGAUAUCUUAUUUUGGAUUAUCAUCUUUAGUCUUCAUGGCUUGUUUAUGCUACUUGGAAUGAAGCCUAAAAAAUAGUGACUAAAUGCUCCUGUCAAGUCAUCUAUUGAUUUUUCCCUUUGAAAUUAGAACCCAAGAAAUAAGCAUUCCACACACAGGUUACAGAUUGCAGUGGAAGGGGAUGAUAUAGAUGUCUUUAUAUUCUUGUAUACAAGGAGGGAAAAGAAAACUGAUAUUUCUUGUAUUCUUGUACAUUAGACACUGAUACACCACACAUCUGCUUGCAAACAUAAAGGCAAAACACAUGGACUACAAUAAACUACACCUUUAUUUGAGGGAAAUCAGAUACUGUCUUAAAGCUUCUUCAGUGUUGACAAAACACUGGAAGAUAAUUGAAGACUAAGAGGUGCUUGUAAAAUGGGCAUGACCUUCAUCAAUUGCUUCACUUCACUGCAAAAAUGAAGAUGGUUGAGUCACGAAACAUGUCAGAUAUAAAGCAAACCUGAUGAAAUGAAGCACUCGCUAUGUGCGAGGUUUAGGAAGGGGCCAUACCCACUUUGUGAAGCUAAUGUAGGCGCAACCUUACUUGCAUUUUUGCAAGAAGCUGAUUCCACAGCUCAAACCUGUGACUGCGAAGUCACAUGGCAGCAACCUUAUCGUUGCGCCAGGGCUCAUCCUCCAAACAUGUCAGAUAUAAAUACACAUAUUCAAAGUCUAUUCAGGCUUAAGAUGAUGCUUACCUGACAUUCCGGAGGUGUGCUCAGACCACAUUCACUUGGCAACUUCAAAGCUUGUGUAGGGUUGAUUCCAAAUGAAGGUAGAGCAGACUUGUAUUUGCAGAGACAAGGCAAGUUGGCUUGGCGAACAACAUCACAACAUUUUUUAUCUGGUGGUGGAGGGUGUUCACCAGUAGCCGCUGCACGACAUGAU